UGGCUGGAUCCCAACGAGACCAAUGAGAUCGCCAACGCCAACUCGCGUCAGCAGAUCAGAAAACUGAUUAAAGAUGGUCUGAUCAUCCGCAAGCCCGUGACCGUUCACUCCCGGGCCCGCUGCAGGAAGAACACCUUGGCCCGUCGGAAGGGCAGGCACAUGGGCAUUGGUAAGAGGAAGGGUACGGCCAACGCUCGUAUGCCCGAGAAGGUCACCUGGAUGAGGAGGAUGCGAAUCCUCCGGCGCCUGCUCCGCAGGUACAGGGAGUCCAAGAAGAUCGACCGCCACAUGUACCACAGCCUGUACCUGAAGGUCAAGGGCAACGUCUUCAAGAACAAGCGGAUCCUGAUGGAGCACAUCCACAAGCUCAAGGCAGACAAAGCUCGCAAGAAGCUCUUGGCUGACCAGGCCGAAGCGCGCAGGUCCAAGACCAAGGAGGCUCGCAAGCGCCGUGAGGAGCGGCUGCAGGCCAAGAAGGAGGAGAUCAUCAAGACCCUUUCCAAGGAAGAAGAGACCAAGAAGUGAGCGCUGCCUGCCUUGUGGACACAGUGACCUCC